AUGUCUCUGAUAGAAGGAAUUAGAGAGCAGCUGUUACAAAAUGGGUGUGGUGGAAUAAAACAUCUCUCGACAAUGUUUAGAAGGAUGGACUAUGACUUCUCUAAGUGUAUCUGUUAUAGAGAACUUUUAAUUGGUAUCAAAUCUAUGGGCGUGACAAUUUCAGAAAGCGAUUUAAGACUUGUGUUCGAUCUUCUAGAUAAAGAUAAAAAUGGUUCCAUAGAUUUUUGUGAAUUUAUUCGUUAUCUUACCCCACCUAUGUCAGAACAAAGAAUCCGAGUUAUAAACGAAGCUUUUGACAAACUGGACGUCGAUAAAAAUGGACAAAUAGAAACAGAUGACUUACGAGUUGUAUAUUCUGGCAAUGUUAAACGCCACCCUAAAUAUGUUUCUGGUGAAUGGACAGAAGAGGAAACAUUACGUAACUUCCUGGAUAGCUUGGAUACACCCGGAUGCCCGGAUGGAAAAGUUACCCGCCAAGAAUUCCUGAAUUACUACGCUGGAGUCAGUGCUACAGUUGAUGACGAUUGUUACUUUGAUUUAAUGAUGAGGUCGUGCUAUGGUCUACGUCCUCGGGGAAAUAGUUAA